AUGGACGACCUGCCUCCUUUCAUGUCUGAGCUGAGGGUUGUUCUGCUGGGGAACAGCUGGUCUGAGAGGAGUUCAGUGGGGAACUUCAUACUGGGAGAGACAAAGUUCAACACUGAGGAAGAACCAGACCGCUGUCUGAGAGAAAGAGGACGGUUAAAGGAGAAAGAAAUAGUUCUCAUCAACACCCCAGAUCUGCUGCAUCCCAACAUCUCUCAACACAAACUGACAGAACAUGUGACAAACUGUGUGAGACUCUCUGAUCCUGGACCUCAUGUGUUCCUGCUGGUUCUAAAGCCUGAAGAUUUCACUGAGAAACACAAACUGAGGCUCUGCAGAGUCCUGAAACUCUUCAGUGAUCGAUCAUUUGAUCAUUCAUUGGUUCUGAUAUCAACACCCAGAGUGGAGGUUCCAGGUUUGAUGGACAAAUACAUGGAACAGCCUCCGUUAAAAGACUUGAUCAGAAAAUGUGGAUACAGAUACCUGAAGCAGAAGAACCUCGAACUUCCAGAGCUGUUAACACGCUUUGAUCAAAUCGUGAAGGAGAACAAUGGAGAGCAUGUCAGCUGUGAUGUGUUUGAGGACACAACAGCUUCUUUUCCAGCAUUUGGAUUCAGGAUUGUGCUGCUGGGAAAAUGUGAGGACAAACGGACAAAACUUGGUAACUUCAUCAUCAGAGACCAAGGCUUUAAUUACCAAAAAACUUUCCCAACCAGGCAAAGUGUGGCCACCUGUGGAGAGUGGAGAGGAAAACCAUUAACAGUAGUGAAAACUCCAGACAUCUUCAGUCUGACUGUGGAGAAGCUGAGAAGAGAGGUGAAGAGCUGUGAGACUCUUUGUCCUCCUGGACCAAAUGUUCUGCUGCUGUUAGUGAAGCCUUCUGAUUUCACUGAGGAGAACAGACAAACACUGAAGUUCAUCCUGAGUUUGUUUGGUCAAGAUGCUUUUAAACACUCAAUGGUCAUCAGCACACAUGAUGGAACAAGUAGCUCUGUCAGUCAGCUGCUUCAAGACUGUGGAGGAAGACACUACAGGAUGGUAGAAGAAGACCAUGGACAGCUGAUGGAGAAGAUUGAGAACAUUGUGCAUGAAAACAAAGGAACCUUCUUCACCUUCACUGAAGAGACCAUCAGACCAAAGUCUGAACACAUCAAACCAGCUUUAAACCUGGUUCUGUGUGGGAGGAGAGGAGCAGGAAGGACUUCAGCAGCCAAGGCCAUUUUAGGUCAGACAGAGUUUCAUUCAGUCUCCAACUCAUCAGAGUGUGUUAAACAUCAGGGAGAGUUUCUUACUUUCUGUUUCACAGCUGAUUGUGUCUCUGCAAGCAAUCCAGUAGGUGAUGAUAAGAAGCAGAGCCCAGAGAGUCUCAGAAUUAUACUGAUAGGAAAGACUGGAAGUGGAAAGAGCUCUACAGGAAACACCAUUCUAGGAAGAGACGAGUUUAAAGCCAAAUCAAGCCAAACAUCAGUCACCAAACUUUGUCAGAAAGCACAGAGUGAAGUGGACGGUCGUCCGGUCGUUGUGGUCGACACUCCUGGUCUGUUUGACAAUAGUUUGUCCCAUGAAGAGGUUCAUGAGGAGAUGGUGAAAUGCAUCAGUCUUCUGGCUCCAGGACCACAUGUCUUCCUGUUGGUGUUACACAUUGGCAGAUUUACACCAGAGGAGAAGGAGGCAUUAAAACUCAUCAAGGAAGGCUUUGGGAAGAAUGCUGAAAAGUUCACCAUCAUUCUUUUAACUGGAGGAGAUAAACUAAAGCAUGAGAAAGUGUCCAUUGAAAAAUACAUUGAACAGGACUGUGAUGAUUCCUUUAAGAAGCUGAUCUCUGACUGUGGAGGAAGAUACCAUGUGUUUGAUAACUAUGAUGAAGAAAACCGCACCCAAGUCAGUGAGCUGAUAACCAAGAUUGACACCAUGGUGAAGGAAAAUGGAGGCAGCUGCUACACCAAUGAGAUGCUGCAAGAGGCCGAGGCAGCUAUAAAGAAAGAAAUGGAGAGAAUCCUGAAGGAGAAGGAAGAAGAGAUGAAGAGAGAGAGGGAGGAGCUUCAAAGAAAACAUGAGGAGGAAAUGGAAGAGAUGAAAAGAAGAAUGGAAGAACAGAGAGCAGAAACUGAAAAAGAGAGACAACUGAGAGAAAAACAAUUUAAAGAAAAGGAGGAAAAAAUAAAGAAGGAACGUGAGGAGAGAAAGAAAGAACAAGAAAUGAGAGAAGAAGAAGACAGGAAGAGAAAACAACAGGAAGAAAUUCAACGACAGGAGUGGGAACAAAAAGUUGAAGCUUUGGAGCAAAAAAUAAGAUCAGAGUCAGAAUCAAAGGAAACCAUUGACAGAAAGCUGAAGGAGAGCAGAGAAGAGAUGAGAAAAGAACAAGAGAACUGGGAGAAAACACAAAAUGAAUGGUGGGAAAAACGAUAUGAAGAAGAUGAACGGAGACGACAAGAGGAACAAAGAAGACUUAAAAAGCUUCAAGAAGAAUACGAACAGAAAAGAGAAAAUUAUGAAAAGAAAAGAAAGGAAGAGGACAGAAUCAGAAGAGAACAAGAGGAAAAAGAAAGAAAAAAACAGAGAGCAGCAAUUGAAAAUGAGAGAAAAGUGAAAGAACAAGAACUUAAAGAAAAAGAGGAGAACAUAAAGAAGGAACGUGAGGAG